CCCUUCCUCACUUGCCUUUAAAUACUCCUCACAGAGGCUUCAAUGAAAAAGUGCCUGCCAGGAACACAUUCAAGCAACAAAAUGAACACUAUUCUGACUUGCCAAGACCAGUACUUUGCGGGGGGUCAGGGUUAUGACUGCCCAUACUUUUCUUCAACGUCAGCCUCCACUGUUGAUGUUUCCAAGGAGACUUGGGUCUCUCUCUGGGCUUCUGGUCUCCUGGACAACAGAUCAAACAACCAUGACCCACACACUCAAGGGCAACUUUAUAACACGGGGAAUUCACUCCAAGAAGAUUAUCUGUUUGGUGACCAACUAUCUUCCCAGAUAUUCGCCAAUAAGCAGCUCCAGGAUACCUUAUUACAGAAGGAAGAGGAGCUUGCCAGACUUCACGAGGAAAAUAACAAACUGAAGGAAUACCUGAACUCUGCCUUUGUGAAAACCUUAGAGGAAAAGACCAAGAAAUUACUAUGCCAGAAUGGGCAGUCUUCCUUCUGCUCCAGCCCAAAGAGAAGGAUGCCAUUCAGCAGUGAUUCUACUCCUGGGAGUGAGGCCAAGAGGGCCAGAAGAAAUCUGCAUGGGGAACUCAUUGCCUGUGAAGCCCAGUCCAGCCCAGGUGUAGAGGAUUGGGUUCUCCAAACCCUGGGACUGAAAGAUGUCGAUACAAUUGAUGAUUCAGCGCCAGCUAACUACAGUGCCAUGUCUCUGCAGCCAGGGCAAGAUUCUCCCUCCUCUGGGUAUAGUUCUGCCCACUUGACCCCUGGACACAGCCAAGUUGCCGCCUCUUGUAGUCUCUCUCCUUCCCAAUGCAGCUCUGCAUCACUGCCAGAAAGUGAGACUGCCAGUCCAUUCUCUUCUCCCACCUGCUACAACCCUGAUGUGGCUCCAAACAAGACUGAGGUGGCUUUCUCCACAUCUCUGCAACCCCACUGCAAUGUGAAGACCCACAGCUUCUCCCAGGGCCAAGCAUUUGUGCGCAGGGAUACACAGGGAGGCUGGAAGUUCACUUGGGUGCCCAAGCAGUCUGAAUAAAUGGGGCUCCUACCCUCAAGAACUUGUAAUUGCACUUCAUUCUCUUCUAAAGAGAGUCCCUCAGUCACUGGUGUAACUAUAGAGGGGGCAGACCCUGUUACUGGGGCACCCUGGAGGUACCUGGAGCUCAGAAGUGGGUGUGUGGGUCAUCAUGCUCUUAAUUUUCUUAUGGACUAUAGUAACCUUUCAGGAUACAAACCUGUAUAUGAGCUCUGCCUGCCCCAUCCAUUUAACUCACUGCCGACUGAGCAGUAGACAAGUUUCAAGAGACUUAGCGAAGCCUUUUUCUUUGUUUACAAGACAUUUGUAUUUGACUUUAUUUUAUUUUUUCCAUGAAAAAGAAUCUAGGAUGUACAAACAGUAUUUUUCUGUUGGGAUAUAAGUGCAGCCAUACUUGUGGUGUAGUUGCACCAGCUCCACUCUCAUUUUCUGCCAGAGAAACUCAAUAUAUUGUCACUGCCUUAUUCUCUGUGGUAUAUUUCCCCCACGGAUUCACCAUUCUGCCUAUAAACUCCAGGUGAUAUUUGUGUAUUUAUCAGUUAUUCAGGGAGAUGAACUGAAAGUUAAUUUAUAACUUUUCACUGCCUUCUACUCUAUGCAAGUGCAUUUCACGCAGACUGACUCUUAAACUCCUCUCUGGUUUCACCUAUGGGACUGCACAGGAAUGGUUUAAUCAUAUUGUUCUUAAGGAGAACUCCAUAUGCCAUCUCUCACUUUAUUGUUGUUUUCACUGGAAUGUGAAUAAAACUGGAAAUGUA